UCGCUAGCGUAUAAAUACCGAAUAGGUCCCUUCUUCCCCAAUACAAACCAGAUUGAGCAGAAUCAAAGAGAGCCAUUAUCGACCACAAUAAGCUUUUCUGACGCAUACAUACAGUUAAUCAAUACUUACUGAAGAUGUCGCUGAUUCCGAGACUCUUUGGCGGCCGGAGAAACGGCAACAUGUCCGAUCCCUUCUCCCUCGACGUUUUUGACCCGUUCCGCGACUUGUCUUUCCCAUUUUCUGCUUCCGGGGAGACGUCGGCGUUCGUCAACACUCGCGUGGACUGGAAGGAGACGCCGGAGGCUCACGUCUUCAAGGCGGACGUCCCCGGGCUGAAGAAGGAGGAAGUGAAGAUUGAGAUCGAAGACGAUCGGAUUCUUCAGAUCAGCGGGGAGAGGAACGUGGAGAAGGAAGAGAAGAACGAGACGUGGCAUCGAAUGGAACGCAGUAGCGGGAAGUUCAUGAGGCGGUUCAGGUUGCCGGAGAACGCGAAGAUGGAAGAGAUAAAGGCGUCGAUGGAAAACGGAGUGCUCACGGUCACCAUUCCUAAGGCGGAAGUGAAGAAGCCUGAUGUCAAGUCCAUUGAAAUCUCUGCCUAAGUAAUUUGCAGGCGGGCGGCAUGGGAGAUCCGGAGAAGAUGGAUAUGGAGCGUUUGGAUGAAGACUUGAAGACGACGGCGACGAGGAAUAAUAGGGUGAAGAAGAAGAAUAGAAUUGCAGAGUUGGAGCACAAGAUAAUCGAAGAGAAUGUUGAAGAAGAAUUGGCAAGGUCGUCUAUGACUCAGCUACCGCUAGCAGCGGUGGCGAUUUCUGCGGCCUUUGCGGUGGUUCUUGUCGUUUGCUAUUUCAGGUUUCGGAGAAGAAUAUGAUAUGAUAGAUAUCAUGCAUCGUUAUACUUACAUUUGCCAAU